GCAACGAUUUGUUCUAAAUCAACAUUUCAGGGAGAAUGCAGCAAUACGCUAAACACACACAUUCUCCUAUUUUUUUUUUUAUUUCAAUCUGAAAUCAGCAGAGACAACGCGGAAAUUGUUCCAGUCAGUGUAAUUCAAUUGGUCAACACGCAUGUCACUCCAAAAACACGGAACUGCGUAAUGAUACUUUUCGCAUGCUCUGCACAGCGUGGAUCGGAGGACAGCAAGAAGGGAAUCUUGUGUGAAGAUUGUUUUCCUUUGGAGAAGGGAAUCUUGUGUGAAGUUGUGCCUUGAGAGAACUCGCCUAAUUGUGGCCAAGAUGCUAGAUGACAGCGAGGCCAAGGAACUCCUGGGGUUUUUGACAUUAGAGAUGAGAGCUGAUGUUAAAAGUCAGGCUACCGAAUAUAUCUUGGGUCUCACAGCAAACAGGGAUGGCUGCCGCUACCUCAGGACCAAACCAGACUUUCUCAAAGCGCUCCUCACAUUAACAGUGGAUAAGUCAUUGGCCAUAGCCAAGGACUGCUACCAUGCUCUUGUCAACCUUUCAGCUGACGAGACACUGCAUGAGCCAUUGGUGAAAGAGGCAGAUAUUUUACCCACGCUUUUCCAAAACCUGCUUGAUCCAGGAUACAUGCUCUCAGACCGUAUCUGCACCAUCCUCACCAACCUCUCCCGACACGAGAAGACGUGUAAACAGAUGUUCCGGUUUCUGCAGGAGCAAGACAUUGGCCUGGCCAAAAUAGUGGAGAUCUUCUGCACAGAGGGGUUCAACAAGUCGGCCUCUCUGCAUUAUCUGGGCCCCCUCCUGUCUAACCUGACUCAGCUGCCUGAAACCAGGCAGUUCAUCCUGGACAAGGAAAGGUGUGUGGUCCAGAGGCUGCUUCCCUACACUCAGUAUGAAGAAUCAACAGUUCGUCGUGGUGGAGUCGUAGGCACACUGAGAAACUGUUGCUUUGAUUACAUACACCAUGAGUGGUUACUCAGCGAUGAAGUGGACAUACUGCCCUUUCUGCUGCUGCCGUUGGCUGGGCCUGAAGAGCUGUCUGAGGAAGAGAACGAAGGGUUGCCAAUAGACUUGCAGUACCUGCCAGAGGACAAGAGGAGAGAAGAGGAUCCAGACAUUCGGAAGAUGCUCGUCGAAACCCUGAUGCUUCUGACUGCAACAAAGGGAGGGAGGCAGAUUCUUAAGAACAAGAACGUCUACCCCAUCAUGAGGGAGUACCACACAUGGGAGAAGGAACCUCAAAAUGAAGCAGCCAUCGAGAAACUUAUCCAGGUGCUUAUUGGCGAUGAACCAGAGAGUGGGAUGGAGAACCUGAUGGAGGUGGAGAUCCCUGAAGACGUGGAGAAGAAAUUCGAGGAACUGGAUGCCAAGGAACAAGAGCAGAUUGAAAAAGAGCAUCAGGAACUUAAAGCAGAGGCAGAAAAGAACAAGCCCAAAAGCGAAGCUUCAGAAGGACCGCAGAGAUCGAAUUUAUCCUAAAUAUUGCAUCAAGAAUCAGUUGUAUGACAAAGUAUGACAAACUAUGAUAACAGUUGUUUUGAUGAACUGUGGAAUAUUCGUUUGUCUAAAGAUGACACAUCAUGGACACUUUUAAUGGUAUGUAACGGCAGACCGGAAACCAGAGGUUAAGUAAAAUAAUGUAUUUUCUAAAUACAAACUGUCCUCUUGUA